AUGGCGAGAACGAGCAGAAUCCAGCAAUAUCAUGGAGAGCUCAGGUCCAAGGUGCGGAAGUUGAUGGCCGUUUGUUUGGGUGGAGUUCUGCUCAUUUCAGGUGGCGGAGCUGCCGCUGGCGAGCCGGUUGAGGGCCUUCUCCGUCGCUCUUUAGCUUCGGCAGCAGAUGGAUCUCAGACUGGAACGGUCGUAAACAAUUCAGUUGCAACCUGUGAGGGACAAAGUGAAGCCGCAGCUACCCCAAAUCCUGCUGCGUUGACGCUCUCAAAGAGUUCCCUUACCGCCACGGUAAAGUGCUUAGGUAAAACAGACACACCCGCACCAACCAGGGAGGAGGACGUCUGUAUCGACAAGACGACAGAGGGUAUUCAGGGGCAUAGUGAAUCCAAUGACUGCAAGUUUGAUUCGUACACAGGACAGACGGUGACUUUGCAAACGCUCCUCGGGGCAAAUCAAAACAUACAGUGGACAGACGAAAGCAUCUCGGACAGUGACACAGGCACCGGGACCGCACGGAUGCUCAAGCUAAACGAGGCAGACCUCCCUCGAACCGACAAGACAUUCUUCGUUGGCUGCAAAAAACAAGCAGGUGCCGCCGCCAACCCGUCGUGCAAAGUGACAGUGAACGUGAAUGCCCGACCCUCGUCGGUUGACGACAAAAACGUUGUCACCUGCGCAUACGGCGAGGACAGCAACCAGAAAGCCGUGGAAGUGGAGAUGUCACAAGACAAAAACACUCUCACCAUUGACUGUGGGAAGGACGGAUCGAUGCAGCCUGCUGAAUUCACAUCUCAGUACUGCUUCCCCGAGGGAGAUACGUUGGAAGAGUGCUCCAAGGCGAACUACUCUGAUAUUCUUCCCACUUUUGAAACCAGCUGGUGGACCGAAGCAGAAAACGACGGUACCCCGGCUGUGCUGACGAUCCCGAAGACCGACUUCCCAGGUGAAGACCAGCGCCUCCUUCUAGGCUGUGCUCCUAAAUCAACAGCUGCGGGAACGCCAGGCAAGGCAUCCGGCCCGUCCGGUUCCGCGACAACCGCAACAUCCUGUCGGGUUGUUGUUACUGUCAAGGCGGCGAGCUCGGCCUCGUCUGCAUCAUUCACCUCGCAAACUGUAGCUGCGACCGCUGGAGCAACUGUUCUACCAGCGCUGUUGGCUGGUUCGUUCUAA